AUAACCUAUACUUGUAGAAACAAGUUUGAAAGUAUCUUCUUCCGACGCGCCGCACUCUUGCUUUUUUCUGUGUAUAUCAUUCUCCACUGUUUCUUCCGCCGUCUUCGACAGCAGCAAGGGAACUAUCUGAAAAAACUUUCUUACUAGUCCAGGUAUAUGGCAUCAUCUUCGCUAUUUUCCACUUGCACCAUAAAUGGGAGUGUACUUGCUUCCAAGGCUUCACAGACCAGUGCUGAGCCUGUCUGCAAUCAUCUCAAUGGUAGCUCAAAGCUAACGUAUAGAUCCCUGCCCAUAUCUGCAUCUGCCGACAUAUCACAUUCACGGGCUUUUCCAAAUGGGAGAGCAUUUGACUGGAAACAAGGGAACUUAUCUCUCAGGGGUGGAGUCGGAUGCAAAGCAUUGGCUGUUGAGACAAAGCCUUUCUUUUCCGUGGGGAGUAAGUUUCAACUUGAAGAUGUCAUUGAAGCUCAACAGUUUAAUAGAGAUACUCUCAGUGCCAUAUUUGAUGUGGCAAAGGAGAUGGAGAAGAUUGAGAAGAACUCAACUGGAAGCAACCUUCUAAAGGGGUAUCUGAUGGCUACCCUGUUUUAUGAGCCUUCAACCAGAACUAGGCUUUCAUUUGAGUCCGCUAUGAAACGUUUGGGUGGGGAAGUGUUAACUACAGAAAAUGCACGGGAGUUCUCGUCAGCAGCAAAGGGGGAGACACUUGAAGAUACCAUAAGAACAGUUGAAGGCUACACUGAUAUCAUAGUAAUGAGGCAUUUUGAAAGUGGUGCUGCAAGAAGAGCAGCGGCGACAGCCAAUAUCCCAGUUAUCAAUGCCGGAGAUGGUCCUGGACAGCAUCCAACCCAGGCUCUCCUCGAUGUAUACACUAUUCAAAAAGAGAGAGGAAAACUUGAUGGAAUCAAAGUCGGGCUUGUAGGAGAUCUUGCUUAUGGGAGAACAGUUCGCUCACUUGCCUAUCUGCUGGCCAAGUACAAAGAUGUCAAAAUCUAUUUUGUGUCGCCAGAAGUAGUGAAAAUGAAGGAAGACAUAAAAGAUUAUCUUACCUCUCAAGGAGUUGAAUGGGAAGAGAGUGCUGAUUUAAUGGAGGUGGCUUCAAAAUGUGAUGUUGUUUAUCAAACCCGUAUUCAGCGAGAAAGAUUUGGAGGAAGAACUGAUCUUUAUGAAGAAGCUAGAGGCAAGUACAUUGUGGAUCAGAAUGUACUGGAUGUGAUGCAGGAACAUGCAAUCAUAAUGCAUCCUCUACCACGGCUUGAUGAGAUAACUGUCGAAGUUGAUGCUGAUCCAAGGGCUGCCUACUUCAGACAAGCAAAGAAUGGCCUAUACAUCCGUAUGGCCCUUUUGAAGCUUUUGCUUCUCGGCUGGUAAAAGAUGCAUUUUCUCUGAGAAGUUAUAGCGGAUUGCCUCCUUGAAGAUAGAAGUUGAGGAACUAUUCCAAUUUUUCCCAGUCACAUGUUGCAUAUUGCUCUGGCAAUUGGCGCUAAAAUUUUGUUUCUAGGGUAUAUUUCAUAUAAGCAUAUGAUUACAUUACAUUCCGAUUUUGUCUUCUAAGAUGAUCCAUCGUAUUGUUGAUUUUGAAUUCAUGAUUUGGAUUCAUAAGAUAUUUACUUAUCAAUCAAUAUACUAUUGUGCUUUUUCAUUCAUUUGAAGCAA